AUGGGUUCCAACAGUGAGGAGGUGAAAUGGAAGGGCACAGCAAAGGCGAAAUUGCACGGUCCUACGGCAGAUGAGGUGUGGCCACUCCUAGAGGAUUUCUUCUCCCUCCACAAGUGGCUGCCUACCAUCGACACGUGUCAGCCGGUCGAGGGCGCCGGAGACAGGCAGAUCCGCUACUGCGCAUCCACGGACGGCGGCAGAGUGCGGUGGUGUCACGAGAGGCUGGUGGAGAUGGACCCAAAGGACAGGUGGCUGAGCUAUGAGGUGGUGGACAACAACAUGGGGUUUAAGCAGUACAAGUCAACGGUUAGGGUCAACGAAGCGGAGGCAGAGGAAAGUGGGUGCACCUGCACCAUCGAGUGGUCGUUUAGUGCUUACCCCGUCCAAGGCUUCACUUGUCAGGAUUUGCUUGCGUAUUUGGAUAUCGGCCUUCAGGGCAUGGCCAAGAAUAUGGAGAUUGCAUUGGAUUUGGGACCACCCAAUCUACCUACCAUUUGA